AACUCGUAGCCUUUCUCGAUCUCCUUCUUCAUCAUAUCUGCUAUCGUGGAUAAAUGCUUACUAGCUGAAUAGUUAUUUACAAGCCGCCUCGUUAAGGCCCUUCGACGUUAAGAUGGGGUCACAAGGCCCCAGUGUGCGAUUUCGUAAGCUUCAAAGCUUUCAAACGGAUUACGCCCACGCAACUAUCACCCAGUAUGAAUCUGAGCGAAGUGGUAUGCAGGUUAUUGUGACCGACAGAAAGGGCCCAAAGGUCAAUGGCUACUUUACUCUGGCCACGGAAAUCUUCGAUGAUUCGGGAGCCCCUCAUACCCUUGAGCACCUGGUAUUCAUGGGUUCGAAGAGCUAUCACUACAAAGGCCUACUCGACAAGCUAGCCUCUAGGGCUUAUGGUAAUACCAACGCUUGGACAAUGACAGAUAAUACAGCGUACACUCUUGAGACGGCUGGCUGGGAAGGGUUUGCCCAGAUUCUGCCAGUUUAUCUUGAGCAUCUUAUCGUACCUACUCUAACAGACGCAGCAUGUUUGACAGAGGUCCAUCAUAUCAACGGUGAAGGCAACGAUGCCGGUGUCGUUUACUCAGAAAUGCAAGGCGUACAGUAUACAAGCACGGAAAUCAUGGAUAUUAAAGCACGGCGUCUUCUUUAUCCCGAGAACGUGGGUUUCCGGUAUGAGACAGGAGGUAUGAUGGAAAAUCUGCGUGUUUUGACACCAGAGAGGAUACGCGAUUUCCACAGAGAGAUGUACCAGCCACGAAACAUGUGCAUCGUCAUUAUUGGUGAGGUUGACCAUGAUAACCUUCUUAAUAUCCUGGAUCAAUUUGAGGAGAGCGUCAAGGACGACCUCCCUCCUCUCAACGCCCCCUUUAAACGACCAUGGACAGACUCGGCACAGCCACCACCCCUUAAAGAAACAAUAGUUGAAACCGUUGAAUUUCCCGAAGAGGACGAGUCAAUAGGUGAUAUGGUUCUAGGCUUCUUUGGGCCAAGUUGCAACGACGUUGUCGAAUCAACUGCCAUAAAUCUUCUAUUGACUUACCUGUGCGGAUCAUCCGUUGCAGUAUUGGAAAAUAUCAUGGUUGAGAAAGAAGAACUGGCGAGCUCUAUCUCCUACAUGUAUGAUUCUCGUCCAAACAGUGUCAUUUGGCUUCAACCUACCGGCGUAGCUACAGAAAAGCUAGAGUUUGUUGAGAAUAGGCUUAUUUCCUUGCUGAAGGCUGUCGCAUCUCAGCCACUGAACAUGGCUUAUUUGCGAGACUGUAUUCGGAGAGAACGGAGGCAGGUGAAGGCUCAAGCAGAAGAAUCUGAAUCAUUCUAUUCGGCAAAUAUUAUAACGGAUUAUCUCUUUGGUGAAAGAGACGGAUCAACUCUCAAACGACUCUCGAAUCUUGAUGAAUAUGAAAUCCUAGAAAAAUGGACAGACGAGCAGUGGCGAGCUUUUCUCAGAAAAUGGCUUGCUGACGCUCAUCAUGUUUCCGUACUUGGAAAACCUUCUUUGGCAUUGGCUACAAAACAGAAAGAGGAUGAAGAAGCGAGGAUCUCAAAGAGAAAACAAGAAUUAGGCGAGGAAGGACUAAAAAGAUUAGCCCAGAAACUAGAGGAUGCUAAGAAGCAGAAUGAAGUUGAAAUCCCCGCUUCAUUAAUUGAGAAGUGGCCGGUACCUCCGAUAGAGUCGAUUCACUUCAUUGAAUCUCAGACUGCACGUUCAGGCAUGGCUCGGAAACUUGGUACCUACGAAAAUCCCGCGCAAAAGAUCAUCGACCAAACUCCAUCUACGUUACCACUAUUCGUGCAAUUUGAAGAUGUUCCGACUAACUUCGUGCAUAUCUCGGUUCACGUUGGUACUUCUCAGUUACCCCCUGCAUAUAAGCCUCUGUUAUCACUCUUUAGCGAUAACUUCUUCAAUACCCCCAUUCGUCGUAAUGGUGAGCGCGUCCCAUUCGAGAAGGUGGUAAUGGAAUUAGAGAGAGAUACUGUGAGCUACUCGUUGGACUCCGGUAGUAAGUUUAACGACUCAGAAAGCUUGCUCAUCCGAUUCCAAGUCGAACCAGAAAAGUAUGCUACUACUAUUGAGUGGAUCCGCACAAUGAUGUUUGACAGUAUUUUCGACCUCACUCGUUUGAAGGCAUGUAUUGCCAAGCAGCUUGCCGACAUCCCGGAGGCGAAACGCGACGGUAGGGUUAUGGCUAGCGAAGUGGAAAUGGCUAUUCAUAACGAGGCUUCGUCCCUACUUGUGGCAAAGCGCACCCUGGUUAAAGCUGUGUAUCUUCGUCGACUUAAGAAGCUCUACGACAAGGACCCAGAGGCGGUAAUAUCGAAGUUUGAGGAACUUAGAAAAUUCCUCUUCACUCUCGAUAACCUUCGGAUCUUGGUCGUAGCUGAUAUAUCAAACUCGAAAUUAUCCGACCCCGUCAAUGCUUGGGAUAGACUUGCUGUAUCGCUUGACACUCGUGUCAAGUCUAUUAAUCCCAUUACAAAACCUCACUCCCUUCUAAAUGAUGAGGGUCGCAACCCUGGAUCUGUUGGAGCGACAAUUAUCCCCAUGAGGGCAAUCGACAGUUCCUUCUCCAUCUCGUCUGGCAAGGGCAUCGUGUCAUUCUCUGACCCGGCAGUUCCCGCACUUCUCGUCGCUAUGCAAUACUUAGAAACCGUGGAAGGUACUCUAUGGAAUGCUGUCCGCGGAAACGGCUUAGCUUACGGUGCAUACUUUGCGAAGGAGUUAGACGGAGGAUACUUGCAUUUUAAGGUAUACCGAUCUCCCUUAGCAUCAAAGGCGAUAUCUGCCGCGCGUGACGCCAUCAAGGCCUUGGUUGACGGUAGCGUCGCGUUCGAGGAGCCCAUGAUUGAAGGUGCAAUUAGCCAGUUGGUGAUGGCUAUGGCAGAGGAACAGGCUACUUUGGCCACUGCAGCAGUGCAAAAGUUUAUCGUCAGUGCUAUACGAGGGCUUGAACCUGACUAUAACAUCAAAAUGCUUGCGAAAGUUAGACAGGUAUCUGUUGAAGAUAUCAAGCAGGCUAUGAAGACAUGGCUAUUACCCCUAUUCGAGUCUGGGAAGAGUAAUGUGGUGGUCUGCUGUGCAUAUGCGAUGGUAGAACAACUCGAGAAAGAUUUCCAGGCCAUGGGUUAUAAAACCCAGGUCAAGCAGUUGUCAGAUUUCCAAGGUGAUUAUGGCUUCGAAGACCCAGAUGGCGAAGAGAACGAAGACGGGGAAGACGAUGACGAGGACACGGAAGACGAUGACGAGGGCUCUGAAGGAUCUUAUGAUUCAGAGGAAGAUGAUUAAGCCUUACGACGUUUAUUUCGCGAGUUAUAUUUGCUAAAGGACUAAACGCAUUUUCGUUAAAUCCCCGGGUUUGUCAGGGUUUACACAGGAUAUAACGCGGAUUCGGAGUACCGGAUAGGUACAAGUCAGGAACUUUACUGGGAUCUAUUAGUUCCAUGACCUGGUCAUAGCGACAAGACGUUCUCUCCUCUAGGAAUAUUUAUGCCGUGGUAUCAUGGCUUAGCUCGUGGAGAGAAGACACAAAAGCGUACCUACGGUAGGUAUAUAGCAAAAAACACAGUCAAUAUUAACCAUUCUUAUUGCUAUUCGCAUAGAUCAGCUC